CGCGACCGGAGCGCUCGGGGACACGGCGGGACACGGCGGGAUACACCGGGAUACACCGGGACACGGCGGGGCCGAGAGGAGCCGAGCGGGCCCCACCGGGACUGAGCAGGAUCCACUGGGACACACCGGGACUGAGCAGGAUCCACCGGGACACACCGCGACCCACCGAGACUGACCGGGGCCGAGCGGCACCUCCAUGUGCGACGUGUCGGGUGACGGUGGCGGGUGCGGGGCGGACGCGGAGCCGCCGCGGCGCCGCCGCGCACCGAGAGACAGCCACCCCCGAACCUGCAUGAAGUGCGGGCAGGGCACGGCCGCCCUCAUCAUCCGCGUCGGGGACCCCUUCUGCCGCGGCUGCUUCCGUGAGUACUUCGUGCACAAAUUCCGUGCAAUGCUGGGCAAGAACCGUGUCAUCUUCCCGGGAGAGAAGGUGCUGCUGGCGCUGUCGGGGGGCUCAGCCUCCAGUGCCAUGGUCCGGCAGGUGCAGGAGGGGCUCAGCCGGGAGGCGGCCAAGAGGCUCCGCUUCAUCCCCGGCCUUGUCUACGUUGAGGAGGGAGCUGUGCGCAGGCAGAGCCCAGAGCAGCGGGAGCAGACCCUGGCCCACAUGGAGACCCUGCUGCGGGCCACUGGCUUCCCCUACCACGUGAUCCACCUGGAGGAGGCACUGGAGCUGCCCCCAUCCAUCUUACAGCCAGGGCCAGAGCAGUCCAGCAAGUCCGGCCCAUCUGGCCCCUCCUACAAGGAGGCUGUGGACAGCUUUAUCCAGCAGAAGCGACAGGAGGGGGAGGGGGACAGUGCCACCUCUCUGCCUGGCCAUAGCGCCCAGGACAUGCCAGUGGGACCCCCAUACACUCCCCGCCUGCCUGACACUGCCCAAACCCAGGAGCUGCUUCGGAUCUUCGAGGCCGUGGAGACAGCAACAGCACGGGAGGAGCUGCUGCAGAUGCUGCGGACCCACCUCAUCCUGCAGAUGGCCCGGAGCAGGGGCUACUCCAAGGUGAUGACAGGCGAGACCUGCACCCGCGUGGCCAUCAAGCUCCUCACCAACCUGUCGCUGGGCCGUGGUGCCUUCCUUGCCGUCGACACGGGCUUCACGGACAAGCGUCACGGCGAUGUGAUGGUGGUGCGGCCCAUGCGGGACUACACGGCCAAGGAGAUCGCCUUCUACAACCACUUCUUCAACAUCCCCACCGUCAUCGUGCCACCCCUCUUCACCAAGCGCCGGGAGAAACCCAGCAUCCAUCACCUGAUCGAGCGCUUCCUCCUGGGGCUGCAGGAGGAUUUCCCCUCCACCAUCAGCACUGUUUACCGGACAGGGGAGAAGCUGAGCCCAGACCCAGCCAAGGCCAGCAGCGAGUCCCAGCGCUGCCUCCUCUGCCUCUGUGGCCUGGACACUGAGGGAGAGGAGGAGUUGGCCCUGGAGCCCACACUGAUCUGGGAGGAGCUGGAGCCAGUGGGGAAUGGGUGCUGCCAGCAGGGGGCUGAGAGCAAAGCUGCCUAUAUUCCACUGCUGUGCUACAGUUGCCGCCUCACCUUCAAGGAGCUGGGCCCCCUCACCACACUGCCACCGUACAUGCGUGCUGAGGCCCAGCGCAGGAUCCACAGUGUGUCCAUCCCUUGCAGUGCAGAGAUGGAGCGGCAGACACAGGAGAACCAGGAGUGCAGCAAGAGCUGAAGGGGUUGGGAACAGUGGGGGACACAGACUCCCGUCCCUCAGUGGCACUACUGGGGCAGGUGCCAGCCCCACCAGAGCUUGGUGGGGACCCCUGGCACCCAUUUCUGCUCCAGCCAAGGGCAGGAAGAGCCCCCACCCCCCCAUUUACUGGGGGCCAGGAGUGCUGGUAACCCCAGGGUAGCAUGUCCCUGGUCCCCCCACCCUCCAUGCCCCAGCUACCUGUCAGCCAAGGAGGCCUCAAGUUUGUUUUAUUCAAUAUCUAUAUAAAUAAACCAUUUGAAUUAAUAAAAAACAAAAACAAA